CCGCCAUCACCAUCUCGUCUGCGCAAGCGAAAGUCGCAGAGCUCACUGUGCGUCGCGGCCCUCUUGAAUGCCGAGCGUCCACCAUCGCCCUUCCCAAUGGCGGCCUCUGCCUUCAGCUCGAUGUCGCCCCUCCUUGGUCUCGUUAAGUCUCCGACAAACGCUGAGAGCGAGUUCGUCGUGAGCGAGCUGGACCGCCCGGACGACAAUAUUAAUUGCCCGGAUGGCAUGCUCUCACGCAGUAACGGCGGCUGGGCACGCGGUCCGCGCUUCGCACUCAGUGGCAUGGAUUCUGAGCCGACUCGGCCCGCGUGGCCGAUGUCACCGCGAGGGUCUAGCCCACCGAAGGAGGUUGUCGAGCUUGACGAAACUUGGAGACACCAUCAGCUGCCUGUUCUGUCGUCCGAGUUCUCCGCGCUUGGCUUCUCAUUCGACAACAAGCCUUACCCGCCGUCUCUCGCGCGGUUGAACGCGCCGCCGCGUGUGCGCUCCUCGCACUCAGACUCAGCGCUCUGCGUACGCUUUGACGCCGACGCACACCUGCAGCACAUGCGCACGACGUCGCACGACGUAUACUCGCGCGGCGGCCCCGCUGUGGCACUGGGCGAGAUCAAGGAGCGCUGGGAGGGCGAUACGGUGCGCUCAACAGCGUUCUACAGCGCGCGGUCGAGCAUGCUGUCGAAUAUCUCGUCUGUGAUGGGAACGAUUGAGGCCCUGCCUGACGCGUAGUGCUCUCUGGCGUACCGCUUUCCGUUGUCCCGCUAUACUUUAUUCGUAUGUAUUGCCUUAUACUGUACGCCUCCAGCUCCAUUCCUUGUCUGUCCUUGCAUUCCAAUCGUGUGUCUCUAAUCUGCAUCGCACGCAUCCCGCUCUUUUGCCUCGUCGCCUCGUCUUCCUCCGUCCUUCGUUUCUCCUUCGCAUGUUAUCUGCAUCUCUUCAAGCUUUAUUCG